AUUCACUCUUGCCUGAUUAACUGGUGCAUUUCAUCAGUACAUCAGCACGCACUGACACUUGCAGCAUUCCUCUGUCAUCUGUCAAGUGAAUUAAAUCAUAAAAAAACAGAUAAAUCCUCGGAUCGAGUUUUGCUCAUGUGUGAUACAGUGGAAGAAGUGGUUCAUCGUGUGAAUUUGAGGAGAAGCAGGCUCAAAUAUUCUUGAUAGUAAUCCAUCGCGCAUAUUGAGGAGCAAAAUCAAUGAAAAAAAUCAGUAAUAAUAAGGUGGAAUACAACGUGAUUUAACACGUAAUGACUUAUUAUUGAAGUGGAUGUUGUUUCGUGAUUGGUUGUUUACUCUUGGAUUUAUUAAAACACCUACAUAAAGUAUCGAGACAUCCGGGAAGUGACCCUAGUGACCCAAGUCACUAGUCGUUUACAACAGGAAUUAUUCAACUCCGGUGUUAUCUUUUUUUUUAUACACGUCGCCGGCUGCUCAGCUGAUAAACACCCAGUGCGAUGGAACAGUUUAUUUUUAUUGAUCGAGAGACUGGGGAAAGUCUCUUUUCACAUGUCCAUGAUGAUAUUGAUUUAAUUAGAGGGGAAAUUAGACAUUCAAUUAAUGAUGCGGAAACUGGAGAACCAGAAAUUGGUAUCGGAGGGAGGAGUAUGCGGAGGAGAGUUCCCUUUCAGAUCCCGAGGAAGAUCAAGGAGGAAUUAUCAUCAAAAGAAAAUGCCAAGAAUAAAAAACAAGGCCUCGUGGAUCCUCCACCAGAAGGUACAUCGUUCGCGCAGACAAAUCCCAUUUUCCUCUUUCUCCCCGUAAUAUUCUACUGCAGAUGGUUUGCACUUGGCCUUGUGGUCUUCGAAAUGUUAUUCCAUCGAUGGACACACCACAAGAAUAAGACACUGAAAGAUUGUGAUGUGGAAUUUCGAUCGCCUUUUUAUGGAAUUACCUCUGAGUUUUGUGCACUGUGUCAGUAUGAGACUCGAAUGAAUAAAGUCGGUAAGAUGCAGCAGAUAAGGAUGUAUAAAUUUUUGAAACAGUGUAAUUAUAUGAAGAGAGCUGUGACAUGAAUUAAAUAAUUAUUAUAAUUUUUUUAUUGUUGAUUUCAUGCGAUACCUGCAUUGACGCUAGUGAUAGAUAAUUUUGUGCAGAGUCAAGAAAAUAAAGAGGAUAUUUAAUGAAAA